AUGACGCCGACCAGAAGCGCCCGCAAGCGCCCGCGGACGCCCGAGGUGGCUCCCCCGCCACGCAAGCGCCGCGACGGCGGCAUCUACGUCCCUCCGUACCGCGCCACCGACGACGAGUCCAGCUACGAGCGCCGCAGCUGGGACGCGCUGCGGAGGAGCAUCACGGGGCUGGUGAACAAGGCGACCGCCGCCAACAUCCGCCACGUGGCGCCGGAGCUCCUGUCGGAGAACCUGGUGCGAGGCCGCGGCCUGCUCUGCCGCGCGCUCCUCCGUUCCCAGGCGGCCAGCACCAGCAGCGCCACGGCCUUCACGCCGGUCUUCGCGGCGCUCGCCGCCGUCGCCAACGCCAGGCUCCCCUGCGUCGGCCGCCUCCUCCUGGCGCGCCUCGCGCUCCGCGCCACGCGCGCCCACGCCGCGGGCGACAAGCACCGGCUCGCCGCGUCCGCCACGUUCGUCGCGCACCUCGUCAACCAGGGCGUCGCCACCGACCUGCUCGCGCUCCAGCUCCUCGCGCUCCUCCUCGACCGCCCCACCGACGGCGGCAGCGUCGAGGUCGCCGUCGGACUCGUCACCCACUGCGGCGCCAAGCUCCAGGAGUCGUGCCCGCGCGGGCUCAGCGCCGUGUUCGACUCCCUGCGGAGCGUCCUCCACGACGGCGAUGUUGACAAGCGCGUCCAGUUCUUGAUCGAGGAUCUCUUCGCCAUCCGGAAGGCGCAGUUCCGGGCUCACCCUCCCGUCCAGCCGGAGCUGGAUCUCAUCGAGCCGGACGACCAGGUGACGCAUCAGAUAGAACUCGACGGUGAUCAGCUCGACCCGGAGUUCCAUCUUGACGUGUUCGAGCCCAGCCCUUCCUUCGCGCAAGACGAGGCGGCAUACGAGGACCUCAGGCGAACCAUGCUCGGAGUCGGAGACGACGACAAGAUCCAAUCUUCUUCUCCUGAUGACGAAGAAACCGACAGCGACGACGACGCGUCAGAAACGGAUCAGCCGCCGGCGGUCGUGGUCCGCGACCAGACCGACACCGAUCUGAUCAACCUUCGGCGGACCAUCUACCUGACAGUCAUGUCGAGCGUCAGCGCCGAGGAAGCUGGAAACAAGCUCCUGUCGGUGGUGCGUUCCGGCCAGGAGCCGGAGCUGUGCGCCAUGCUCGUCGAGUGCUGCAGGAAGGCGAAGGCCUACACGAGCUACUACGGCGAGCUCGGGCAGCGGCUGUGCGCCGUCGACCGCGCGUACCAAGCCGGCUUCGAGGCCUGCUUCGCGGGGCACUACGCGGCGGCGCACCGCAUGACGACCGACGAGCUGCGCGCGUCCGCCAGGUUCUACGCGCACCUGCUGGCCGCCGCCGACGCGCUGCCCUGGCGCGGCGCGCUGGGGCGCGUCCGGGUCACGGAGCAGGACACGACGUCGUCGUCGCGCAUCUUCAUCAAGUUGCUGUUCCUGGACCUCGCCGAGAAGCUCGGGGUCCGGACGCUCAGCAAGAAGAGGAACGACGACGAUGCGGACGUGCGGGACGUCCUGUUCCCCAGAGACUGCGCCAGUAACACGCGGUUCGCCAUUAAUUUCUUCACGGCGAUCGGCCUCGGAGGUGUCACCGAGGCCGCGAGGAAGCUCAUUGUGUGA